AUGCCUCAGCGUGUCGAGCGAAAAGAGCUGAAGAUGUGGGUGCUGGGUGCUCCCGAGGUCCUGCUACGUCCUGGCGCACACUGGUGCGGGCGAGCGAUGGAGUGCAGCAAGGAUAAUGGGGAUGACGAUGUGCCUCGUGAGACCUUCAAUUGUGAGCCAACGGGAAACAGCCUCAAGUCGUCGCAGAUCCAGUGCAUAGUCCAUGACCUUGACCACCAGAGUGUCCAGGAGAUGCUGGGGACACGUUGCUAUGCCGAUAAGGAUUUGACCGGUUCUCACUAA